AUGUGUAAAGGCGCUAUCUGUAGCAACUGCAGUAAGUGCACGAGUUCCCCGCCACCCACCGCAUCCCACAUCUCAGCCAGCCUCGUCUUCACGAAUUCAUGUACCAGCCUCCUUGCUGACCACUUCAAUAGANNCAAGCGCACCUGGUGGGGAUGCGGCAGCCAUGUACCAUCAGUCAUGGACUCUGUCCCCAAAAAUGAGUGGUGUGACUGCGAGCCAAAGACCGAAAAGGACGGCACAGAGUACCCUCCUAUGGGUACCAUGGCCGGCGUAGCGAAGGCCCUGGGAGACAGCUAG